AUGCACUUGCUCUGUAGUUUGGCCACGUGCCUUGUCAUUGGUCUGUGGAGAACUACCGACUCUUCGCCCACGAGCAGUGACCGAACGGACGACGCCUUCAAGUUGCCCACUGCUUUUCCUCGUGUAAAGACGAACGCGUCGUCCAUCGCACCGAGUCUGCUGGAGCCAUACGACUCCGCAGUGAACGUGAUCGACCUCAACCAGCCAAACGACGAGGAGAGGGUUGGUUUCUUUGACGAGGAAGCUCUGUCCAAGGCGCUCCUCGAGCUGGAAAACUCGAAAGUAUUUCUGGAUCAUCUGCAUCCAUCACACUUCUUUGCGGGAAUCAAUGCUCAGGAAGCGCAGGAGGAGCAAGUGAUGGCGGACUUUGCGCGGUGGAUCAAGUACGAUGACGCGUUCGGGAAAAAGUACAACACGGACCGUGUCUACAAGAAUUCGGUCAUUCAGCUGAUGGACACCGUCAAAGACGAAGAAAAGCUGGUGUCGCUUCUCUUAGCUUUUGCUAAGGUACCCGACGAACAUGACCGCGCUUCACUUCUGAAGAGAGAGCUAAGGAAGGCAAAGCUGAAACUUUUGAAGCCAGACUUUAUAAAGUGGCGUGAAGAUAACCUUCGACCUGACGAAGUCUACGACAUGAUGCGUAUCGGAUUGGAAAAGCGACUUAUUCCAAGCGAGAGUGCGGCGAAGUGGUAUAUCGUGUUUCAGGAGAUUGUACUGUGGCUUUACUACGUGCGUGAGUUCAAUUCGGAGCAAAAACUCUACCUAGCGAACCAUGUACUUUUUCUGUUGGUGGAAAAGAGGGGACAAGAAGAGGUGGUGCUAUUUCUUCAUUGGCUGCGUGAGGAGAGCGGACUUCUUAACAGUGUGAGCAUGGCUGACACAUUACAAGAAUUAAUGCUCUUGGCAUACCCAGAGACCGUUGAUACGAUGCUCCUUCUGUGGUUGGGGUCGGACAUGCGUCCUUACGAUGUCUAUGAAAGGCUAGUGUUUGCCGCGAGACGCCAUAUGCCUCAAGAAGUCAGCCCUGAAGAGAAGCAGCAGUUUCUCCUGUACAAGCUGAUUCAGUGGUUUACUUAUAUUGAUGUGUAUGUCGCCGAUGGUCGCUUUAUAUUUACCGAUGACGACACAGUGCGAGUGAUGAUUGACUUUGGAACUUAUUUUGCGUCUGAGGAAGUGGUGGAAUCCUUGACGUCGCUCAUUUCCGUUGACGGUAUGGAGGAUCGAGCUAUCAGACUACUUGUCGUGCUAAUUUCAAAACAUGUGUCGAGCUUUGACCGGGCUACGCGCAAUAAAUUGCUACGACUGAUAUUCACUCUGCACGUCUAG